AUGGCUUUUGCGUGCAUUCGUCCAAAAACGAAAGAUGAUUCCAAUCGAAAUAUUGAAUUAGAAAAACGAAUAAAUCAAUCAUCAACGGAAAAUAUCGAUUUAUCGAAUCUGAAUUUAACAGAUCAGGACGUUCCAUUUAUCAAUAGAAAAGUCAUUAAAAAGAAAAAAUCUGCAACUUUGUCAUUAGCAAACAACAAAAUAACGCCCAACGGAAUUCAAAUGUUGGUUAAUGCUCUGAAGAAAAAUAAAAACAUUACACAUCUUAUUCUAUCAUCGAAUCCAAUAGGAGAUGAAGGACUAAAAUAUAUUAUUGAAUUAUUUAAUAAUAAUCAAACACUUUAUCAUUUAUCUUUAAAUGAUACUGAAAUAACCGAUCGUGGGAUCGAAAUGAUUACUAGUGCGCUUGGAUCCAAUUCGACAUCUCUUCGAUGUUUGGAUCUUCGAUCAAAUAAAUACGUUACAGAUUCAUCGGUGGAUUUUUUACUUGAAAUGGUUGAGCACAAUGAAACAUUAUCUGCUUGUCGUUUAGAUAACUGUAGCUUGUCUCAACAAGCACAAGAAAAACUUCGAGAAGCAAAAUCAAUGCGAUGGUAA